CUUGAAGUAAAAUCAAGACUCGGGCUUCUUUUUUUAUUUUCCUUCCGCUUUCUCGGCAACCAAACAGAGGGUUAGGAAGGCAAAUUCUAGAGAGAACAAGAGCAGAUAUACUCAAGAGAGUCAGAGACUCAGAAUCACACACCGUUUUAUCAAAUUUGUGAUUAAGAAGGGGUGAGCAAAUACCCUCCCAACCCGUCCCGCACAGGCCGGGUUUUAUGUUAUUUUUCUCGGAUAGAGUUUUUUUUUUUUAACCCGGGCGUGUUGCGGGUUAUAAUAAAUUUUUUCCCGGGUACCCGCCCCGCUCCGCACAUAACCUAACCUGAGGAAAUACUCUCUCGCGUCUAAGACUAAGCACAGCCUCAAUUCUCCAGCCGCCUCUUCUUUUCCUCUGUGAUUUUCUUCUCCAGCCCCAGCCUCCAGACCCUCCGUCCCUGAGCAGCCGAGCAGCUGGAGCACGGGAGCAGGUAUCUCUCUCUCUCUCGUCUAAGCCUAAUCAGUAAGCCGCCUCUCUUCAUUUUCUUCUCUAGCGCCGCUGCAUCCUCCUAUCCCGGAGUCCCGAAGCAGCCGUCGUCGUGCAGAUUUUUGGUUCAGUAUUUGAGAGGGAGAGGAAGGAGAAAGUGAAAUGAACAAGUUAGGGUACGGGUUGAACCUGAGGCUGUCAGCACAGAAGAAGAAGCAGCAGCAGCCAUCAAAGCCUCCCCGGCCUCCUCCUUUUGGAUUUAACGAUGAGGAUGAAGAUGAUGUGGAGGGGGAUAUUUCUCGGCAGGCUAGCAAGAACAAGUCUCUCAAGGAUAUUGAGGAGCAGCGGAAGAAAGCUUUGGAAGAGGACCCCACGGUUUUUGAUUAUGAUGGAGUUUAUGAUGAAAUGAAAGAGAAAGCUGUUCGGCCUCAAGUGCAAGACCGUAAAGAGAGAAAGUCAAGAUAUAUUGAGAUUUUGAAAGAAAAAGCAAAAGAACGUGAGCAAUACCGUGAGGUAGUGUUUGAGCGAAAAAUUGCUAAAGAGAGAAGCCAAGAUGACCACCUCUAUGCAGACAAGGACAAAUUUGUCACGCGUGCUUACAAAAAGAAACUUGCAGAGCAGGCAAAGUGGCAGGAGGAAGAACGUUUGCGUGAACUUCGGGAAGAAAAGGAGGAUGUUACAAAGAAGAAGGACUUGAGCGAUUUUUACUUCAACCUUGAAAAAAAUGUCGCUUUUGGUGCGAAUAAUGAUGAGUUGAGGAAACCAGAGAAGCAGGUUGAGUCAAGGAAGGCGGAGAGACAACCUGAGUCAAGGGAGCUUGAGAAACUUGAAGAAAAAGGCUCCAUUGAUACAUCAGAUAAAGGUCAGACAUCGGACAACUCAAAUCCACCUUUGGAGGCUUCGGUUGUGGAAGAAAAACAUGGAGGUGAAACUUCCACUCUGCCUAGAAGCUUCAUGUCCUCAGAUACAAUGCCAGUUACCAACACUUCAGUUGAAGAAAAAACUUCAGGUGAACAACCAUCAUCAGAACAGCCAAAGCCUAACCACCAUAAGAGAAGUGGAGAUGCUGUGGCUGCAGCAAAAGAACGCUAUUUGGCACGGAAGAGGACUAAAGAACAGUAAAAGCUCUCUCUCUCUCUCUGAUCAUGUCAUGUGAGUUUUAAAAUCCAAAACAGAAUUUCUUCUCAUUGUAAUCUGGAAUACCUGGUGAAGCAUUCUCUCAGGAUCAGAUUCUGUGUCUGUACAUCUUGGCCUUCCCAUAUGGGGAGGAGUCUGAUAGUUUUAUGAUUGAUUUGAUCUCUUAAGUAUCAGGCUCAACAAUCAAGAAGGAAGAACAUAAAAAGCCAAGAUCUUGAUCUCUGAUGUUAAUGCUAAAACCGAUUGUAUUUAAGCAGCCUACCAGUGACCUAAGAUCAUCAUGUUCAUUUUUAGAAUGUUAAUUAAAUUUGUAAACCCG